AUGACAUCUACGACGGCAUCACCCACUGGGGGCCUAAUCACCUUCUACGAUAUCGCCCUCGCACCCCCGGCCGAAAAAUUCGCCUGCUCCCCAAAUCCCUGGAAAACCCGCUACGCCCUGAACUUCAAAAAGACUCCCUACAAAACAACUUGGGUGCCCCUGCUUGACAUUAGCUCUGUCCGUGGUGCUCUCAACAUCCCCGCCUCACGAAAAUUCGCCGACGGAUCCCCCUACCAAACCCUACCCGUUAUCUCUGACCCAGCCACUGGGCGUAUAGUAGGUGACUCCUUUGAGAUCGCGACAUACCUACAGGAACAAUACCCCUCCUCCGGGGCUGGGGACUUGUUCCCGGAGCAGGAGCUGGACUUCGUCUUCGGCCGGGAUUUGGCACUUUUUGCGCCACUUGCAGAGGCUAAAUCGGCGGAGGGGACUGCUGCGGAAUACGCCAGAUUUAAUAAAAACGUGGAUGCUGCGUUUAGUGCGCAUGUGCAACUAAUGGCCCAUGGGCUACCUUUUGACCCUGCUGUUGCAGAGGAAUGCAAGGCAGCGUUUUCGCGGAGGGCAGGAAUGCCAUGGGAGGUUAUGCGGAUUAGCGGGGAGGGGAGGACAAAGUUGUUGAAGUCGUUUGAGGAGGCUCUGGGUGGGCUUGCGAGGUUGUACGAGAGGGAUGCUAGUGGGCCGUUUCUGAUGGGGAAUGGUCCAAAUUAUGCGGAUUUCAUUGUGGGAGCAUGGUUGCGCAUGAGCCGGGGAACAUUACCAAAGGAGGAAUGGGAAGCGUUAAAGGGAUGGCAUAGCGGUGUAUUUGGAAAGCUACAUGAGGCCCUGAAGGCGUUUGCGCAGAUGGAUUAG